AUGCCUGCCUUCGUCCCCUCCGUGUUCCUCGGCCGCGCGCCGACGACCAGCAGCCUGUUCUGCCCCGCGGUCACGUCCCUUCGCGUCGUCCCGCGCGGCGUGCCCUCGCAGCGUGUCACGCCGGCCAUGAUGGCCGCGCCGACCGUGUUGGAGGAGCGCGCCAAAGCCGCAGAUUUCUCCACGGCCUGCUUCACCAAGGAGGAGAUCACGCUCGCCGGCACCACCGAGUACAUUGUGCGCGGCGGCCGCGACGUCUUCCCGGCUCUGCCCAAGGCCUUUACCGGCGUCAAGAAGGUCGGCGUCAUCGGCUGGGGAAGCCAGGGCCCCGCCCAGGCUCAAAACCUGCGAGACUCGUUCCAGGAUGCCGGCGUCGACGCUACCGUCACCAUUGGCUUGAGGGAGGGCAGCUCCAGCAUGAAGGAAGCGGAGAAGGCUGGCUUCACCAAGGAAUCCGGUACCUUGGGUGAGAUGUACAAGGUCAUUUCCGACAGCGACUUUGUUGUCCUGCUCAUUUCGGACGCCGCCACCGCCAUGUGCUACAAGGAUGUCUUCAAGGCCAUGAAGCCGGGUGCCACGCUUGGUUUGUCCCAUGGCUUUCUGCUGGGCCAUAUGGAUUCAAUAGGCGAGAGUUUUCCGGAGGAUAUUAAUGUCAUCCUCGUCGCCCCGAAGGGCAUGGGUCCGUCUGUCCGACGCUUGUACGUGCAAGGCAAGACAGAGAAUGGUGCGGGAAUCAACUGUUCGUUCGCCGUCGAGAAUGACGCCACCGGCACUGCCACCGAUCUUGCUAUCGGAUGGGCUAUCGCCAUCGGCGCCCCGUUCUGCUUCCAGACCACCCUGCGCAACGAGUACCGCUCGGACAUCUUCGGCGAGCGUUGCAUUCUACUCGGCGCCAUCCACGGCAUUUGCGAGUCCCUGUGGAGGCGCUUCGUCAUGCAAGGCAUGGAUCAGGAGGAGGCCUUCAUUCGUUCCACAGAGUCCAUCACCGGACCCCUGUCCCAGAUCAUUUCGAAGAGGGGCAUCAAGGCCGUAUACGAGGACAUGAACGACGCCGACAAGGCUGUGUUCGCCAAAUCAUACUGCGCGGCAUAUGAGCCCGCAUAUGAGAUCGUCAUUGAGUGCUACGAGGACGUGGCGUGCGGAAACGAGAUCCGCUCCGUGAUCAACUCGGGCAUGAGGGCGAAACGUUUCCCGGUCAUUUCACCGAUUGACGGCACACAGAUGUGGAAGGUCGGCGAGACCGUCCGUUCGAAGCGAUCCUCGUCUCCACCCCCGCCAGUCGAUCCCUUCGCGGCUGGUGUGUACUGUGCGACGAUGAUGGCGCAGAUCGAUGUCCUCCUCGAGAAGGGCCAUGUGCUGUCAGAGAUCAUCAAUGAGUCUGUCAUCGAAUCUGUGGACAGCCUUUCCCCUUACCUGCACGCGCGAGGCGUCGCAUACAUGGUCUUCAACUGCUCCUUCACGGCGGCCACGGGAAGCAAGAAAUGGGCACCACGAUUCGACUACAAUUUGACGCAACGUGCCUACACCGCUAUCGAUAACGAGGAUUCUCUCAAUACUGGACUCAUGGAUGAGUUCCUCAACCACAAGAUCCAUCCGGCCAUCGCUGAGUGCGCCAAGCUGAGACCGUCUGUGGAUAUCGCACUUACGGGGUCAGGUGCCGAUGAUGCCGCUAGGUCCAACCUUUAGACAGUAAACGAGAGCGCUUGCAGAUAUUCUUGAAUCUCAAACACAACUUCCCCCGUUCACAUGACCAGAUGCACUGAGGCUGGCUGUCACAAGAGCAGUACUACCUAAAGUGCGAACAGUUUUUAAUUGGAAGAGUGCAUUUUGAAAAGGCCUUGCUUCCUGGUGCAGACCAACUAGUGUAUUUCAAUCGCGUACUACUAAUGUAGCCGCUCCAGGUUCUCUGACAACCAGAAACGAUCUGGUACAGUAAAAAUCCCCGGGACUACGGAAGCUGUUCCUCGGUUGCAUA